GAAGGGGUCUGCUGCUGCUGCGUGUGCAUACACCUACCGGCGAUGAUAAGCCUCCGGCACAACACAUGUACGACUCGCGCACGUCGUUCAGUCCGCGCACGCACCAACAACAUACGCACUAUAUGUAUAUUUAAAACGCAUUUCUUCUUUAUUUUAUUUUUUUCCCCCGUCGCGUCAUUACAAUAAUCCCGAAAAGUGUCGCUCGCCCGACCCGGUGCAGUAACAUCCGCUCAGCUCGCAGUCCUCCUCGAGCUCCGUCCGUAACGCGUUCUUCGCCGUGUUUACACUUCAUCGUACACAUAUCGUAGUUAAAAAACAAAAGAAGUACACACGUGUUCAUUAUAUUUCUCUCGUCGUGAUAUUUUCCAGUGGAUUCGCGAAAUCCGAGUUCGUGCGCCACAGUGACCGGUUAUACCUCUGCUCUGCCGACGGAGCCCGUUUCCGACUAUAUAGUCCGAACGAAAUCCGCACGAUGAUGAUCUGUCACCGGUUCUUCCUGUUGACUGUCGCGUUUUUGGCUUUUUACAGCAUCGCCACCGUUGCCACUGCCACUUCAGGCCGAAACAUUUGCGACAUUUGCGCUUGUUCACCUGACAACGUAGCGCCGACGACGGUUAACUGUUUGUGUUCGAAUGCCUCCAGGACAAAGCUGCCCUCGUUCCGGCCGCAGGACGCAGAGGUGCUGUCGUCCGCGCGGGAACUGACGUUGGCCGGCUACGGGCUGGUGUCGCUACCGCCGUCCGGGCUGACGGCGUCCAAGUCACUGGCGCGCGUGACGGUGCGCGAUAUGAAGCUGUUUCACUACACGGCCGGCCUGUUCCCGGCGCUGGAGAGCCUGACCAUCGAGGACAUUGGCGAGCUGGUGCUGGACGGCUUCGGGCCGGCCAACCGCACGCUCCGGUACCUGACGCUCCGCCGGAUCGACUCCAUCAGGCUGGUGGCCGGCACGGUGACCGCGGCCUCGCCGCUGCGCCGCGUCAUCCUCGACCGGGUCAACGUGGACGAGAUCGAGACCGGCGCGCUGGACAUGAUGUUCGUCGGCCACCCGGACAACGGGCAGUCGUCCGCCGCUGACGGGUUCACCGUCGUCAACUGCACGAUCAAGUCGGUGAAGUCGGGUGGCGUGACGGUGCGAUCGGGCGCAGUGAGGAUCCUGAACAGCACGUUGGACGAGCUGGCGGCCAACGCGGUGGUGGCCGACGAGGCGCGCGACGUCGUCAGGCUGUCCGGAAACCGGCUGGGCGCAAUGGUGGGCAACAGCGUGAUCGUGCUGCAGUCGGACGGCGGCGACGUGAUCGUGGACGGGAACGCGUUCCGCACGCUGCCCGCCGACAUGCAACCGCUCAAGCUGGACCGGUCCGUGGAGUUCCGGGACAACUCGGUGGACAACGUGGACCUGUCGCCGUUCCUGUUCGGGUUGGGCGCCGGGGUGCGCGUGGCCGGCAACCGGUUCGUGUGCGACUGCGACCAGCGGCGCAUCAGCGUGCUGAAGAUGGACCAGGUGUUCCCAGGGCUACUGUCAGACGCGGACAACCGGAUGGACCAGCUGCUGGCCGACAACGGGUGCCAGCAACCGGCCAACACCACGCUGGCCGGCUACAGGGACAUGUUGAUCGGCCAGACGGUGUGUAAGGGCGCGACUGCGGCGGUCACCGGGCCGUCGUCCACGACGGAUCGGCCCGCCCCGACGGCCAACGGCGUCGCAGCCGCCAACCUGUCGAUUGCCGCAUGGAUCGUGGCACUCGCUGUCAUCGCCGCAUCCUGCCCGCGGUCCAGAUGAACUUCCCGCCCGACGGACGACCCCUCACCGUCCUCUGCCCCCUCACCAUCCCCUAACUAAUUGUAAUAAUCUUAAGGACAUAUUUUAUGGGCUCGCGGUAAUCACGCACGUCCAUGUUUGCAUACGUCACGUGACUUUUCAUCAUUAUCAUCGUCGUCACAUCAAAACGUACGCAAUUAUUAUUUAUAAGCGUAAUUCGUAUUCUAUUAUUAUUUUUACUAUUGUCCGUCGCGUCCGACCGUCCUUAUACUAUGACGAACGGACCACGUGCUCUUCUCGUACAACCGUAACAACUAUUAUUAUUCUAAUUAUUAUGCUCGUGUACAUUUUAAUAAUUAUUGUACUAAAUAACAUUAUUGUGUACUACUUUUCGAUGAAUUAAAACGUUUUGUAAAUCUUUUUA